AUGCCUAUCGGUAACGUGAGUAAGGACACUGGGGCUCGCAGGGAGUCGUUCAGACCUCCGUGGGUAAAAGAAAAGGAUGUGGAGGCCCCACCAUCAUGGAUGCAGAAGAAGUUGAAGCCUGUGGAAAGUCUUAGCAAGACCGCUUCCAUAGAUGACGCUGCAGCCGCUCCUCGUCCAGUCCAUUGCGAAGAUCAUAAAAGCUUGAUCUUCCGCUACUAUUUACACUCGUCUGAUCCUACGACAGGAAGCAACGCUGUAUUGAAAAAGCAGUCAACGAUCAGAGACAAACCAGAAAACGGAGUGACACAGCCCGUUGAAGAAAAGCUAGUCAAGCCUUCAGCAGCGAAACAAGCCGAUCAGGCAGCGAAACCAGCCGAUGAAAAACCAAAAUUCACUAAACCUGCACUUAAAAGCGCUUUAAAAUCAGAGGACAAACCCUCUAACGAUAAAACAGAUAGACCAACUCUAAGAAGUGUUAGAACUAUAGACGACAAAGCUAAAGAAAAGUCUGUGACUAUAGUAGAUAAAAGACCAGAGAAAAAUGGUCCCACCAAAGCAAAUAGCACGGUAAAUGACAAACCAGUGACUAAUAAUAAGGUUACGAGCAAAGAUACUAAACCUAUAACAAAGGUAGUUAAUGAUAAACCUGCACCUAAGGCAGCUGAGAAACCAAUUCCAAAAGCCCCUGAAAAGGUAGUAUUAAAACCUGUUGAAAAGGUUGAACCUAAACCGAUACCUCCUAAAGAGGAACCUAAACCAACGCCUGCAAAACAGGAGUCUAAACCUGCGCCUGCGAAGCCAGAACCCAAGCCACCGGUCUCAAAAUCUGAGCCGAAAGCUUCUGAGAAAGCUGUAGAAAAAUCAGAAAGCUCAGAUAUGGCCACUAAACCACCGCUAGAGAAGACGCCUUCAAAGCUCCCACCACGCAAACCACCGAUUCAAAAGCAACCGUCAAAGGAUGACGUACCUGUCAAGAAAUGGCGGGACCCCCUGCAUGAGCGUGUCAAGGAAAACAUUGACAAAACCCUCAACAAUGAGGUGCCUAAGGGUCACACACUCACCAAGAAUGAGAGCUUGAGAAGUUUACUGAAGCCCACACCACCACCGAUGCCACCGCCUAUGCCGCCUAAGAUGCCCCCGCCACCAGAGUUCAAAAAGUCACCUUUGGACCCUGAUAAACUGAAGAGGAUCGAACAGCUCCGCAGCAGGCCUAGGAGGAGACCAGACUGGUCAAGUCCGAUCAUCGCCAGAUCAGCAGUGGUGAAGAACAAAGGACAGUUCAUAUUCGAAUCAGAAAAGCCGAACUCACACAAUGCUUUGCUUAAAGAGAUCUCAAAGGGAAUUAAAUUAAAGAAGACAAAGACCAAUGACAGGAGUAAACCAAAUUUGGAAGGUUUGAGGAAGUUCAGAAGACAGAUGACAAUUGAGGAGCAAGUACAGAAGAGUAUGUCGCAAGCUAAUCUGGCUGCGUCACCGUCUGGAGUCGGCCUGGCUGCAGCUGAGGCUAGUAACUCACAUAUACCUGGUGUCUUGCCCCCUGAAGAGGAAGACAUCGAUGAAAUGGACGACAUCGACAAGGUCAGAGAUGAUCUGCAGUCUACAAAGCAGUUGCUGGCUAUUGAACUGAGGAACAAGGAGGCUCAAGAGAGAGAAAAUAAGCGACUUCUGACAAGGAUAGCAAACUUAGAAGCAGAGUUAGCAAGAGAAAGAGCAUUCAUCAAACAGGAACAACACAAGACUGUGAUCUCCGUCACUGAUGCCUACGAUGAAAGACUAGUAAAUAACCUAAAGAUGGAAGUAGAGAAGACUAAAGAAAAUGCUGAUAAUUUGGAGAAACAAUACUUACAAGCCGCAGAAGAUAGGGACACUGCACUCACAGAGUUGGAAGAAGUCAAGAGAAGGAAUGCAGAAUUAGAAAAGAAGCUGGAACAAGCUAUGUCGGGUGAGCUAGAAGAUUUAUCUGAAGAACCUAUGUCAUUUUACCAAAAACGACAACUUGAUUUCGCUAAAGAAUGCAAGUUGUUGAAUAUUGAAAUAAAUUCGCCUGAAGCCGAAGCGUUAAUGAAAAGGAAACUUGACGCUAACAAUAACAAUAUUGCUAAAACUAAUGCUGACGCUUAUACUAACAUAGCUGCUGACGAGGGCAUCAUGCCAACGAGCAUGGGUUCACGACGCUCGAGCCACGCCAUCAAGCAGCUGUCCGUCACCAAGGAUGAUAGCUUCGAGGAGGAAGAGGAAUCUGAUGAGGAAGAGGAGGAAAGCGAGGAAAAGAAACAGAAGAGAUUGGAAAAGGAAGUCCGCAAUAUGAGAAACAAGAUCCGGUACUUGAAGGAGAAGCAAGACCACAUGAAACGAGAGCGAAUGGGCUUCAAGAUGUCACUGAAGAACCAACAGGCGGCACUAAAGGAGGAAAAGCGAAAGUACAAGGAGCUGAAACGCGAAGUCGACAAGAUGGCCGCUAUGAUGAAGGAAUGCGGAUCAGAUGAUGAAGAUGAUGAGGAGGAGGAGGAAGAUCAUAGAUUUGCCUACCAUUAUUUAAGUUUCUUGCUGACGAACUUAAAGUCCAUAGCCGCAGUUACCAAUAAGGAUGCUCCAUUACCAAAUAAGAAAGAGAAUCUCACAAAGAGGGUAAAACGUCACGAGACUAGGGUUCACGCGCUGAAGAAGGGCAACGCUCUCCUGAUGGCCAACGUGGACCGUUUGAAGGACGAUGUAUUGAAACAGAGAGAAGAAUCCGUCACAUUGCAAAAAGAACUGGACUCUCUUAUUGAUGAUCUGGAGUAAUUCUAUGCGAUGCGAAUAUCAACUCUUCAAAAUAAUUAGUUCUAUGAUAUCAUCCAGAGAUGGCGUUGUAUUGUGUUGCUAGCCACAAAAGUAUAGCAGUGCGGUGGUUCCUACAUAGACCUAUGUAUAAUGGUGUUUACUUCUUGAGCAGUUCGGUAAAUUGGCCGAAUUGUUACUAUAUAGUCUUGAAGCACCUAUUUAUGAAUUUGACUUUAUAGUACGUAGUGUCUUGGAAAAUUAUUUUGUAAAACUAGCAACACACUAUUUCUCUAUCCCUGUCGAUGACAAUGACAUUAGGUAACGUACUGUUUUAUCUUCAGGCGGUUAAACUCAAUUAUUUCUAUCGGCUAUCGUCUAAUCACAUCUUAUCCGACCUCAGAUAUCCAACAGCAGACAGAUUUUUUAAUAAAUAACAGAUUGUCUUAGGUCAUUGUUAUCGUUCAACGGUCGUACGUUGUAUUCAUUCGAUAAGAUUAGUCGAAUCGUUUUAUGAUGCUAUAAUCAAUAUUUUACUCAUUUGAUUACGUCUCGAUUCGAUCGGAAAAUGCCCUCAAUUUUAUAUCUAUGAAUCUCAAAUUUUGAUCUAAACAAACACUUACUUUCGUCAUGAAGACUAUAAGAAUUUUCUCGUUGGUCUAAUUGUUGUAAUAAUCAUUUUUGAAUAUCGUACUGAAAUGUCUUUCAAUGUCUAAUUUAUAAUUUGCAACAGUUCGACUUAGAUAGUACAAUAAAUA